CAGGGGUGCCGAAUAUUUCACUACAGAGUCCGUAUAUUUUGUACGCCACUUUUGUCUCGCCGCCAGGGCGCGAUGAAUCAAAAUCAAAAUGUCUGCUGGUGAAAAAGACCAAGCACAACAUGUUGAGGAAGAGGAUGCCACAGAACUUCAGUUUCCGAAAGAAUUCGAAGCUGCUGAAACGUUAUUAAAUUCUGAAGUAUUCAUGUUGCUGGAACACAGAAAAGCUCAAAACGAAAAUGCAGAUGAUGAUCAGGAAAUGAGCGAUGUGUUCAUGAAGACACUAAAUUACACACAAAGGUUUAGUCGAUUCAAAAACAGAGAAACGAUUGCACAAGUGAGAGGACUGCUGUCAAAAAAGAAGUUGCAUAAAUUCGAACUUGCUUGCAUUGCAAACCUAUGUCCCGAAACAGCAGAAGAAGCCAAGACUCUAAUACCAAGUCUUGAAGGAAGAUUUGACGAUGAGGAGCUGCAACAAAUACUAGAUGAAAUCAAAACACAUCGAAGUUUUCAAUAUUGAAACUUUCCUGAACUCUACAUAUCUUGUCGAUGGCGCAAGAAUAUGGCUAGAAUGUAUAAUACAUUGAGCAUCUAAGAUGUAAAUCGCUAGAACGUUGUUCCCCAUCACAUGUGAUAUGACACGACAAGACAGCCACGAAAAUAUUUUUUGCAUGUCCAGCAAAAUUUUAUUUAUAUGUUUAUAAUCCGAAAUAAAAUGUUCUGUAAA